UUGGGUCAUCAACUGAUCAUUGUUUUCGUUCAUAGUUUUUACAUAUAUUUAUGCACGAUGAAUCGUUUCAAGAAUAUCGGGAAGCCCUAUAUGAGGGCUCUUUUAAGACACGGGAACAAUUUGAAUGUUCAUAAAAUAUUCAGGAGGUGAAAUUAGUAAAAGAAAAAAAAGUUGGGCCCAAAUCUUGCGGGUUUUUUUUAUUUGUUUCCCCUUUCAGUUUGAGUAGUUAUAUUGUGAUGCAGUGAAGGUAUUUGUAUUUGUUCCCCAACCGAGUAAAAGAAAAGGCUGUGUCCGUUACUCGGGAGUGGAAGAUGGCGACGGCGCCGGGAAAUCAAAUGUUGGAGGGCGGAGGAGGAGCGCCGCAGCCUCCGGGUACAGACAUGACCGGAAUAUGCUUCCGGGAUCAGCUCUGGCUCAAUAGCUUCCCUCUGGAUCGCAACUUGGUCUUCGAUUACUUCGCACUCUCCCCUUUCUACGACUGGACCUGCAACAACGAGCAGCUCCGCAUGCGCUCCGUUCACCCCCUCGACAUCUCUCAACUCUCGAAAAUGACGGGGACGGAGUAUAUGCUCAGCGAAGUUAUGGAGCCGCACCUGUUUGUCAUUCGCAAGCAGAAGAGAGAUAGCCCCGACAAAGUUACACCUAUGCUCGCGUAUUACGUCCUCGAUGGUUCCAUUUACCAGGCACCGCAACUGUGCAAUGUUUUUGCCGCCAGAAUUGGAAGGGCCCUUUAUUACAUACAAAAGGCUUUUACUACAGCUGCCUCAAAGUUGGAGAAGAUUGGAUAUGCUGGGUCAGCUGAUUCUGAAAAUGAGACUGCAUUGUUGGAAUCAAAGACUGCUAAGGAGACAAUUGACAUAAAGGAAGUUAAGCGAGUUGAUCAUAUUCUUGCAUCCUUGCAACGCAAGUUACCACCAGCUCCUCCUCCACCACCAUUUCCAGAAGGUUAUGUUCCACCUCCAACUGCAGAAACGGAGAAAGGCACUGAAACUCAAGAAGCAGCAGAAACGCAAGCUCCUACUGCUGAUCCGAUAAUUGAUCAAGGACCAGCAAAAAGAAUGAAAUUUUGAUAUAAAAGACAUACUGCAACGGCUAUUAAUACUUAUACAGGUGGAGGAAAAUUAUAUUAUUCCUUAACAAGCGGCCGUUGCUAAAACAUGAUUAACUUAAUGUUAUUCUCUGGUCUAAAAUGCGUUGCUCUUUUCCUGUCUUCACCAUAAAUGUAGAUAUUAUCACUGAAAUAGGAUUAAGUUCUCCUGUUUUUUCAUUCUAGACAAUGUAUUGAGCAAUUGUAACUUGUAAGGGUAAACGAAACUAGUGUCCUUUUCGCAUUGAACAUUUUCUGUAUUUUACGUUGACGCAGGGACUUGCAUUGAUCCUAGUUUUCCCUGAACACCUCGGGAAAUUGAAUUGCUGAUCAAUUGAGUGUAUAAAUAUUGCGUACGUCAACUAGGGAAUAGAUUGAAUUGUCUUAUA